GGGUCACUGCCCAUCUCAGGUCACAUGGUGGAUGCCGUCAGUCAACUGCAGCAAAACAAAUGCUUCAGUCUCGCUAUACUAUUUCCAACUUCAAUUGGUUCGACAAGCGGGGUGUGGAUGGCACGCCAUUAAUCAAACGUUACGAACAUUACUCACUAACAAUGUACCACAAAUUCUGCCCAUUAUCAGGAUCGCGGUAGCUUCGAAAAUCGAUACAGCUGCCGAAAGUCUGGCUAUGAUCCAGGGAGCGAAACGCUUACCGCUCUACUCUACUGUCAUCAACUGCGUUAGCUAUUCGAACGCGUUGGCCCUCUUUGGUGAAGACCUUGCACGCGAUACCGAAUUUAUGAAAGCUGCUGUAGCAACCAUUGAGAGCACUCUACUCAUCGCCGAGAUUUUGAGCUUACUGCCAGUUUGGAUGCAUCCGUAGGUUGUUCCAUCGUGUGAUGCAUGUAAUAUCGCUAACAAAAACACAUAGCACCGUCAGGAAGCGGUUCAACAGUGUCUCUUAAUCUCAUCAAGUGCUUCACAGCCG